CAAUCAUUGAUAGUGAUUGUCAAAACCAUAUAUCGCAAUCUGCUCAAUUUGCACCUUUUGACGCAAAUCGUAUGAUCAAUAAGGACUUUAUUUAUAUAGAUAAUCCAAAUGUGACAACAUUCAACACCUAUGUUGGUGGAGUGUGGCAGUUCGUCGACGAUG